AUGUUUUCCAGCACUUUACGUCUUUGUCCAGCUGGUGGUCCCUCGUUUUUUGAAGCAUUCCAGCUUGUGUGUCCGAUGAAAAGACGUAAACGUUCAAUUAGAAAGGAGCAUCAUCGAGCAUCAUCGAGAAAGAUGAGUGUCUCACCUUCCGAGGAACUCCCGUUAUUGAUGGAAAAAUGUUGUAAAAAGGGAUGCGAUUUUGAGGCACUCCAUAAAAUGUGUGAUCCUUUUGACUUU